AAACCAACCUCAUGAUUCCCAGACUUCAAAGUUUCAACGUUCCAUUCCCUUCCUCCUUUUGAAGGCUCAUAACCUCAUCCGCCGCACACUGAUCAUUCAUUCUCAACGGCAUCUCUCUCAGCAUCAGUUCCCGGAAGAGUGUAACAGUAGCUGUUGUAAUCACAAAGUAUCUCUUUUUUUCUCCACAAGCUUAGCCAAAUGAUGACUAAGCAAACUCUUGUGAGCAAACGGCAAGCUCUCAUACUUUGACUUUAUAAACUCUGAUAUCGCAGAAUCGGCGCUUAAUUUAUAUCGAGUUAAACCGAAUCAAACCGGGUCAAAUUAUGAUGUAUGAUUUUUAAUUUAAACCGGCCGGUUAUGUUUAAUUCCAGUGAAGCUUAAAUAAAAGGCAGAGGAAGAGGAGGAAAGCGUUAAGACCAGAGAUGCUUCCGUUAAAGCUAGCUCGCUCUCUUCUCCUCCACGAGACUCUCAAUCUCACCCACAGCUCCGGCGAUACAUACGAAGUUGAUGGAGGAGAAGGAGAGACCAGCAUUCGAGAGAUCCUAAGCUCACAAUCAAAAACCCGAUCGAGAUCCAAGAACGCGAGGAAGAAUCCGAAAACGCCAUUGCUCUUCUUCGUCCCCUCGCGAGAAUUGAUCUCGGAAACUUACAGAUUAGCUUCAAUCGCGAGAGAUCUGGGGAUGGAUUUGUACCCAACGCCUUCCCUCUCCCACAUCAUCUUCUCGUUCCCGCCGCGGGAAUCCGGAUCUGCGCCGUCGCCGUUCUCCACGUCUUCGUCUCGUCCUUCGACUUGUUGGUCUUCUUCGGCUGCGUCGAUGUCUUCGUCUCUCUCGUGGUCUCUUCCUAACGACGCGGUGAUGCUCUCUUUCCCUUCUCUCUCGGAUUCCUCUCUCUCGCAUCUCAGAUCCUUCGUCUCCCUCUCCAACGGCUUGUUCAAGCUCGUGUUCUCCCCCGCCGCCGUGGAUACGCCUUCCUCCUCCGUUAGCAAUUGGGAUUGCUGCUCUGUUUCUCUCUUCUCGAGACUCACCAGCGCGCGAAUCGGAUCGAUGGAGAGUUUCUCGCAGGCGUUGGCUUCGAACGGAUGGACGAUUUACAAGACGAAAGCUAAUCAAUCGACCGGUCACAGCAACGCCGGGAGCUCGGCUUAUCUGUUUAGGAAAGUGUACUCGGGUCGGGUUAUGAUGACCCGAGAUGGAAAUAGCGGGUCGUGUAGAGUUAGAGAGCUGAGACUUCCUCAAUUGGAUUUCGAGAACGCUCCUCUACGGAUUCUGCAGUAUCUGAUGCUGAUGACUGACGAUCUCUUCUUCCUUGCAUAGCUUAUAAAUUUAUGUUUUGUUUCUACAAUGUUAAUAUAAUUUCAUUUGACAAAGGUUUGAUCUUUAGACAUGUAAAUUUUAAUAUCAACAAGGUCUUCCUCUGUCAUCUUUGGGAUCUUAACAGAUUUC